UGUUUGUGUUUGAAGAGACCAAGAGACAUGUUUCCCAGAAUGGAAGAGAAGCUCGUCCCGAAGCCGAUCAUUUGAUGGAAGUCUUGUUCGAAACUAUCAAUGAUGUUGCUGAAUACAGUGGAGCAGCAAGAAAAUUAACAGUGGAAGCCUUUUGUGCAAGAUUGAUCAAGCUUGUUAUCAACAGUAAAAUAAUUUUCCAUACAAGAAUGGAGGCGGAGAGGACCUUGAACCUGUUGCUAGAAGGAUGUGAAGAUGAAGACUUGACCUGGGUCGGCGAAGAUCCCGUCAUAGCAAGGCUUAUGUAAGGAAAUAUGAAAGCCAGG